AUGUUCACUACCUCAGCCUUCAAAGCUCUCUCUCUCCUCCUCCUUGUGGGAUCCACUGUCGCAUCACCCCUCGCAUGCCCAAGCCAGGAACCCGUCUCUUGUGCCGUUUCUCCUUGUCCAACUGGUCUCUGCUGUAAUGAUUCUUUCCUCUGCGGUACAGGCCCUGACUUUUGUAUAACUGGUACUUGUGCUGGAGGUGUAGGUGGUACCUGUGCGGAUGGAUUAUGUUGUAGCGCCAAUGGAUUCUGUGGAACUGGGGAUGAAUACUGCACAACUCCCCCCGCAGCAACACCUCAAGGUGCUUGUGAAGGAGGUAUCGGUGGUACAUGCGCAGACGGAUUAUGCUGUAGCUCUCAUGGAUUCUGUGGAACUGGAGUAGACUACUGUGGUGCUAAUUCUACUACCCCUGCUCAACCAGAAACAGGUGCUUGUGAAGGAGGUGUUGGUGGUACAUGCGCAGAGGGCUUAUGCUGUAGCGCAUUCGGAUUCUGCGGAACUGGCACCGACUACUGUGGCAGUAACGGAGCCAUUGAGACAGGUAGUGCUGAGCCGACUCCUGCCCCUACUUCCUCGUGCAAUGCCGCGGCAGCUCCAGUAGUAAAGGCGGUGCGUUUUGCUCAGUGUGGUGGUAAUGGGUUUACUGGAAGCACGGUUUGUGAGGAUCCUUAUAAGUGUGUUGUUUCUAGAUGGGGUAGUUUGUGUGGAGAAAUUUGGAAGUUAAGUCUUACAAUUUCAUAA